UUGCUAUUGCCAUCGGUUAUUAUACUCUCAUUUUCACUUCACGGCGAGGUUCACUUCUCUCAGUUUCAUUUCCCCCAAAUUAUUUUUCAGCUAACAAAUUUCCUUUGCAGACUUAUCGGAACCCUAACCCUAAAUUCCCUUCACCUCCCAACCUUUCUCCGAAUCCUUCUUCUCGCAGAUAAUGGGUGAAACAAAGGACGAAGCAUACGAGGAAGAGCUUCUCGACUACGAAGAGGAGGACGACAAGGCUCCUGAUUCUGCUGGAACUAAAGUUAAUGGUGAAUCUGGAAAAAAGGGCUACGUUGGGAUCCACAGUUCAGGAUUUAGAGACUUUCUUCUAAAGCCAGAGCUUCUUCGGGCGAUUGUCGACUCUGGUUUUGAGCAUCCUUCUGAAGUGCAACAUGAGUGCAUACCUCAAGCAAUCCUUGGAAUGGAUGUGAUCUGCCAAGCAAAAUCUGGAAUGGGAAAAACUGCUGUUUUUGUUCUUUCAACUUUGCAGCAGAUUGAUCCUGUUCCAGGCCAAGUUUCUGCUCUUGUUCUGUGUCAUACAAGGGAAUUAGCAUACCAGAUAUGCCAUGAGUUUGAGAGGUUCAGCACCUACUUGUCUGAUCUCAAGGUUGCUGUCUUUUAUGGUGGUGUCAAUAUUAAAGUUCACAAGGAUCUGUUGAAAAAUGAAUGCCCUCAUAUUGUUGUUGGUACACCUGGAAGAAUACUAGCAUUGGCCAGGGACAAGGACCUUUCUUUGAAGAAUGUUAGGCAUUUCAUUUUGGAUGAAUGUGAUAAGAUGCUGGAAUCACUGGACAUGAGGAAAGACGUGCAAGAUAUUUUCAAAAUGACUCCCCAUGACAAACAAGUUAUGAUGUUUUCUGCAACCCUCAGCAAGGAAAUUCGCCCAGUCUGCAAAAAAUUUAUGCAAGAUCCAAUGGAAAUUUAUGUUGAUGAUGAAGCCAAAUUGACCCUUCAUGGUCUCGUUCAGCACUACAUCAAAUUGAAAGAGGAGGAGAAGAACCGGAAGUUGAAUGAUCUUCUUGAUGCAUUGGACUUCAAUCAAGUUGUGAUCUUUGUGAAAAGUGUUAGUAGAGCAGCUGAGCUGGAUAAACUACUUGUGGAGUGCAACUUUCCAUCUAUAUGCAUUCAUUCUGGAAUGUCCCAGGAAGAAAGGCUGAAGCGUUAUAAAGGGUUCAAGGAGGGGCAUACAAGGAUUCUUGUCGCAACAGAUUUGGUUGGCAGGGGAAUAGACAUUGAACGUGUGAAUAUAGUAAUAAACUAUGACAUGCCUGACGGUGCAGACACAUACUUGCACAGGGUUGGCCGAGCUGGAAGGUUUGGCACCAAAGGCCUUGCAAUUACGUUUGUUUCAUGUUCAAGUGAUGUGGAUGUUCUCAACAAUGUUCAGUCCCGUUUUGAGGUGGAUAUAAAACAGCUUCCCGAGCAGAUUGAUACAUCAACCUACAUGCCAUCAUAAAAGCAUGUGGUAAUGCUUUGAACCAAUUGUGGAUGUUUUUGCUGAUAAAUUGUAUCUCACCUUCAAGUCAAAAGGGCUCCUAGAACUUGGCGAUUCACCUCUCCAGUUGUUGUACUUCUAUAGACCCGCAAGGCUGGGUUAUCUUUGGAGACAGUAUCGGUAUUUGGAUUUUGCUGAAUAUGACUGCUUACAAAUUAAUGGAUUAAUUUACUGUAUUAUUUAGUAUUUAGGAUUUUGCUCCUAAAGACUUGGUGUUGUUUUCAUGAACUUUGGUUUUAAUGUUUCAAUUCAUUAGAUUGGGAAGUUACUAGAAGUUUAUGCUACUAAUGCUUUUUCACUUUAAAUUGAAACUCACAUAAACCAUUUUUAGAGAAGAGAUGAAUUGCGAGUUUGAAUGUGACCAUGGA